AUGAUCGUCUAUAUGGUUGGUCUGGCUCUGUUGUUUCAGGCCAGUUCGAUUGCAGGACAAGGCUACCAAGUAUAUGGAUCAUCUGGUGUUCAGGUCAUAUACCCAUCAUCGUCACAGGUUCAAGUGUUAGGCGGAAGACCUUUCUUUCGGCGCGGUCUAUGGGAACUCGUUAGAAAUCUCACGAUCACAGCGAACUCAACCAGCCAGGAUGUUCAAGUAGUUAGUCCCUUGGGAAACGGAAAUAUUGCACUCUCUGGUAACCAGAAUACCGGUCCGGUGCGAACUUUCAUACGAAACUUGUUUGGCCGUCAGCCCAACGUUCAAUAUGUGACUCUGAAUGGCAGAGGCUUCAACGAUCGGUACCAGGAGCCACAAUACAAUUCAAUGCCACAAUACAACACACAAUACGACGAACAGUCCUUUGCCACUCCAGUGAUUUUACCACGAGCACGUGUAAAGGUUGUGCGACAAGGUGUGCCUCGCAGGAUUAUGGUCCAGAAUCUGAAGUCCAGUCGGUCACAGACGACCAAUGUGGAGACGUACAGGAUUCCCGUAUUCGAAAACAACUGGCAAUACCCCGAUUAUUUAUCAGCGCGCUAUCUUUAA